GUCUAUCUAUUGUCUUUUGAGAAUCUUUUCAGCUAUGUUGAGGUGGAAGCGGUUGGAAUAUCUGUCCGGCCAUUAGACUGGUGUGCGGAUUUAAUCUCACCUGUGGAUUUAAUCUCACCAACCUUCUUUGCUUCAAAUCACCAGACAAUCAGAUGUUAUAUAAGAUGGCCACUUCAGAUGCAUGAUACAAAAUGUCAACGACUAUUUCAAUCAUUCCCAACUCGACUUACCUCGAAAAUCAUGGAUGACAGUAUUCACAAACGGGAAUCGUCACCCUCUGGUGAACCCAUUUCCGAAUCUAAGCCCAACACACGACAAACUGGCCCCAAUAUUCCAAGAUGGAGGCUUGUUUGUCUAUGUAUCAGUCUUUGUUUCGGUCUUUUCCUUGCACUGCUCGAUACCAGCAUCGUGGCGACAGCUCUAUACACCAUCGGUGUUGAAUUCAAUUCUCUUAACUCUGUUUCAUGGGUAGCCCUCGCAUACACCCUAUCUUAUCUAGGUUGUGCAGUUCUAUUCGCACGAAUUGGUGAUAUUGCUGGUCGAAAGAAUGCAUAUAUUGCAGCCUUCAUCAUAUUCUUUGCCUUCUCAAUUGCAUGCGGAUUUGCGAAAACACUUAAUCAACUUAUUGCAUUCAGAGCUUUGCAAGGAAUCGGUGGCUCGGGUCUUUAUUCUCUGACUAUGGUUAUCUUCCCUGAGAUUAGUCCGCCGGGAAUGAGGAGAUGGAUUGGAAGUUUAGCUGGCGCUGUGGUUGCUAUGAGUGGAGUGCUUGGCCCGGUUAUCGGAGGUAUCAUUACCAGGUACGCAAGCUGGAGAUGGAUAUUCUGGAUAAAUGCACCAAUCGGCAUCGUGCCUUUAAUAUUGUUCUAUCUUGUAUGGCCAAAUGAAACUCAACUCCACCAAUCCAAACGCAGACCCCUUCGACAACUUGACCUUGUCGGGGCGUUUAUCUUAAUUAUCGCUUCUAUCCUUUUCGUCUUCGCAUUCCAAGAAGCAGGCCUCGAGGCAAAUUCUUGGAAUAAACCAUUAUUCCUCAUACCACUAAUAGUAGGAAUAGUCUUUUGGAUAUUACUUUUCUCCUGGGAGUUCACAGUGCAGAGAAAAUGGGAAGAAAAACUCGCAACGAUGUUCCCAUGGAGACUCAUCCAGAACAGAGUCUACAUGUUUGGCUUGGGCACAACUUUACUCAUGGGAUUUCCAUACUUCGUGGUAAUUUAUAGUUUGCCACUACGAUUUCAAGUUGUAAAUGGGAAGAGUCCGUUAGCUGCAGGACUGGGAUUGUUACCUAUGUUAGGAUCGACAGCAGUCGCGAGUUUUCUUGGGGGAAUGCUUAACGGAACGAAAAAUAGAGUAUUCUUUACUCUACUCGCGGGCUCUGGGUUGAGUGCCAUAGGCACUAGUUCGCUGUCUACAUUGUCGAACACCGAAUAUGUGGAAGCUAAGACCUAUGGCUUUUUGGUGUUCGUUGGAUUGGGGUUUGGAUUAACAGUAUCCACGGUAUCGAUGCUAUCAAACUACGAAUCAUCCAUCCGCGACCACGCCGUAGCACAGGGUAUCACAUCGCAAGCGCGCAUUCUAGGCGGCAGCAUAGGAAUAGCAGCCAGUACCGCCAUCCUCAGUUUAGCACAACAAACACAGCUAACUGGCAUCGUAAGUCCGGAACAACUUGCAUCGUUAGAGACUUCGGCAAAGUCAAUGACAUAUGCGCAGCUCCAUGCAGUGAGACAGGCAUAUUCGGAUUCUUUUAGCGAGGAUAUGAAAGUAUGCGCUAUAGUUGCGGGCGUGUGUGUUUUAGUAACAAUAGGCACGUGGAAGAAAAAUCCGGUUACGAUUGAGCAGAGAUUUAGGGAGCAGAUUGAGGAGGAAGUGCAGAGGGCGAAGGGUGAAGCGAUGGUUUCGGAAGAGCCAAAAUCUUGAUUGUUGGAUAUUGUCGAGAUAGACUAAAUAUACUGACAUCAUCUAUUUCUAGAGAGACAAUUUGUCUGUGACGUUGCAUUCCUAGAUUAAUUUAACCACCCAAUUGACUGCA